CCCGCCCUCUGCCAGCGCUCAACAUCUUACCCUGUGACCAACGUUGGCCAAUGAAUGUGAAGUAUAGGGCACGAGCAUGUGUUUGUGAUCGCGCACGUAAGGCCGGUAUUUUAAUCGGGAGCGGGUACGUGCGCGUACACGUCUAUUCGUUGUGUGGCGGCGUAGAGAAGCGCAAAUAGAGUAACCAUGGCUGACGAGAAACCCAAGGAGGGAGUGAAAACAGAAAACAACGACCACAUAAACCUGAAGGUGGCGGGACAGGACGGCUCGGUGGUGCAGUUCAAGAUCAAGAGACACACGCCGCUCAGCAAACUCAUGAAGGCGUACUGCGAGAGACAGGGGUUGACGAUUAGGCAAAUCCGGUUCCGGUUCGAUGGACAGCCUAUAAACGAGACAGACACACCUGCACAGUUGGAAAUGGAGGAUGAAGAUACGAUCGACGUUUUCCAACAACAGACAGGAGGCCUCUACUAGCAUGUCAAGUACUCUCCCACAUCUUCCUCCACCCCCCAGACGGCUGCUUUGCAGCUUGUCCCAUUUUCCACCACAGAACCAAUACGAUGCGGAAGAAGUCCUGCUCACAGUUAUACAUAACUGUUGAUGUGUAGUGUUUUCAUUCUUGCCUUUGUUUCCUUCCUGUUUUGUACAUAAACAACCUCCGCUAAAACAACUCAGAUUUGAGUAACAUUCAUACAAGGUGUGCUGCGAAUGAACGCUGCAAGAUCCAGCUCUUAAAAAGUCCAUUGUUUUGGUGACUGGUUGGUUAUCACUUAUUCAGAGAUCAAGAAAAGUUAUUUUCCACCCCGUUCACUGUUUGAGAAUAAGACUGGUUUGUUAUUCAACUUAAUUUUCUGUUGUCUGCUUCAGAAAAUUGGUUUUAUAUCUUUUUUAUAUAGUAGUGGUUGUGUAGAAUGAAACAUCUUGAACAUAGUUUGACUAGGCCAUGCUUGUAAUAAGGAAACCCUGAAGAGAUGUUUUAGUCCAGGUAAACAUCUGUAUUGUCUCAUAAAUGUCUUGUUAAAAUAAAGUUAUGCUCUCUUUUUAACCAAA